AUGGACGCCACAUACGAUGUUGAUUGGAGUGACGUAGAGGAUGUUGAUGCAGAAGGAGAGGCACAGGAAGCCAAGCCGGCGCGGUUGUCCAAAAGCCAGAAGAAGGCGUUGGCCAAAGAGCGCUAUAGAGAAUGGCGCAGACAAAAACGACACAGAAACCGCAGAGAAAUGAGGAAACGAGAACAGCAAGCGCGAAGUGAAUUACUCAGUGGGAUGACAGAUGAGGAGCGGAGCGCGUUCUUCUUACAAGAAAGAAAACUGGCGGAGGAAAGGAAGCUGCAGCAGGAGGCGUUCAUACAGGACGCCCACGACAACGGCAUGCCCAUAUGCAUCAACUGCACCUUCCAUGAGUUUAUGAACGAAAAGGAAUCCAAGAGCCUUGCCAGGCAAAUCGCAGGCAUGUACAGCAAAAUAAAAAAGAACGAGGCGAAGGUCAAACUGAUCAUCACGGGAAUGAGCAAGGACACUGCACUGUACAAGCACCUGCAGUUCUUCAACGUUGAUGCGUGGAAGCAGGUGCACAUCCACAGCCAGAACUACUGGGAGCUGUUCGACACGCGAAAUGUGGUAGUACUGACCCCGGAUGCGGAAGAAUACAUCGAGGAAGUAGAAAGCGAUAAGGUGUACAUCAUAGGGGGAUUGGUUGACGUCAACGUCAAAAAGAAGACGACCCUCACACAGGCGAAGGAACGCGGGGUCACGGCGUUGGCCUUGCCGAUCAAGAAGCCAAACAAACGCAGAACUGUCAAAACAGUAGAAAGCGAUGAAUCGGCUGAACAAUCGCAAAAGGAGGACGAUGUGAUAGUAUAUAUGCCUGGAGGGAAGGUCGCAAAGUGCAAAGUGUGCAAGGGGAAGACCAUGCUCAACGAGGACGCGGUGAAGAAGCAUUUGGACAGCAAGGCACACAAAAAGAACCAGAAGAAGGGUGAAAAGGACGCCCUUGAAGCAGAAGAAGUACGGAAGCGCUUCAUGAAGCGUAUGGAAUCACUCGAGAGAAGGACGGAAUAA